CAAAAAUGAACCGAAUAAUCUUAGUACUUUUAGGAUCAAAAAGUAAAAACUCGAAAAUAAAACUCUAAAUAUGUUUUUCUAAACGUAAACUAUCGUAUGUUUUAAAUUGCUCCGGCGCAUUUUGUCGUUAGUGCCCGGUCGACGGUGUACACGGGGUGAGGCGGGGGCAGCCGCCCGCGCUUACGCAUCGUAUGUAUCAGUUGCGAUCGAGUACGCCGCGCGGACUGUCAUGUUGCCGUCUAAACCACUUCACAGCAAAAAUAGUUGUAUAGGCGACCCAAAAUGGAUAAUUCUACUAGAAAAAUGGUUAAUCGUGUAAAGAAAAUACCGAAUGUGUCGUCUAGAACACGAAUGUUACUUGAUAAGGCCGUUGGACACAAACGCGAAAACGAGUGUAUUUCAAAAAAUGACGGUUAUUUGGAGGAUAAUUUUAUAAACCGGAGCUAUAUGGAUGAAGCUCUAAAGGAUAUCUCUACAAAAUCAGAAUCUCCUCUUCCAUUUGGAGCAGACAACCUUUCAAUACAGGAACUGCUACAGACCGGAAUUUUGAGCGACAGUGAUGAGGAAAUAUUUGAUUACGGACCUCCAGGCAAAACAGCAACAUGCAAUGAUAUACCUAACCAUGCAUCAAAGAUAAAUGACUGCAAUGAUACUAACAAGUCUCCGGUUUCGAGUAUUAUUUGUAACGAAAAGGAUUUGGUAUUAGACUAUGUUGAAGAAGAUAAAAAUACCAUGCAUGAUUUGAAUGAUUUGCAUACGCAUGGCGAAAAUACUCCGGUACCGAGUCCUGUAGAUGAAUGGUUGGAUUGUGAUCAUAGCCCCGCUUCACAAGAUAUCACAACGGAGCCUGAGAUGCCCCUUGAUUCACCGUAUCUAGACUCCAACAGCAUAAUGUCAACACCUCAAGCGAAUAGCCCAUUCACUGUUUCGACAAACCCGUCAACACCGGCCUCUAUAAAAAGUAGAAAAUGCACACAAAGGAAAGACAAAGGUAAUGUAAGAAGACGGCAUGAAAAAGAGUGGAUUGAUAGUAAGAGAAAAAUAAAUAGAAAUUUAGGAAAAGAUUACACGAGUCGCAACGGCACACAAAGAGCUGCUAAAAAAAUGGGUGCCAGAUGCCCAUCAACUUGUCGAAUGAAAUGUUCCACAAAAAUAUCUGAAGAGCAAAGGCAGCAUAUUUUUGACAGCUUUUGGUCACUAGGAGACAGAACUAAACAGUGGGAAUAUUUAGCUCAAUUCGCUUUAAGGCAGACGAAACGAAGGAUUUAUACUGAUAGAGAAUCGAAACGCAAAUAUACCAUUAAAUACCAUUUACCUUCAAACACACAUGAAGACCUUGACAUUUUACAGCCAACAGAGGUUUGUAAAAAAAUGUUCCUUGGCACUUUUUCUGUAAGCGAGCAGUUGGUAUAUACAUCAAUAGACAAGAAAAAUAAAAUGACAGGGAUAUCGGUCGCUGAUCAGCGUGGUAAGCAUGGGAAUCAGCGUAGAACAAUUACCAAUGAAGUUAUAGAAUCAGUGUGUAAUCAUAUCAAAUCUCUGAAGCCGGUUGAAUCACAUUAUACAAGAAAAGAUUCAGAUAAACUUUACUUAGACGGUAGCUUAACUUAUCGGCGGUUAUUUGAAUUAUACAAUGAGUGGGACGGACUAAAUGCAUACACUUGCAAAGCUGAAACUGAAAGACAAUAUCACGAUAUUGCAAAUGAUCAUUUCAAACUAUGUUUUCAUAUACCGAAAAAGGACCAGUGUGAUCAAUGUCAUGUUUACAAAAACCUUGAAAAUCCAUCUACUCAAGAAUCUGAAAAACAUAGUCGACAUAUACAAAAUAAAACACAGGCUAGGCAAAUGAAAUCCAAAGACAAACAGGAAGCUCAAGCAUCUAAUGGCAAGAUUGUCACAGCGUCCUUUGAUUUCCAGAAAAUAUUAAAUGCACCUCAUGGAGAGAUAGGAGUUUUAUAUUAUAAAAGAAAACUCUCAAUAUUUAAUUUCACGGUGUAUAGUCUAGGCGAAAAGGAGGGAACAUGUUUCAUGUGGACAGAAAGUCAAGGCAGACGUGGAGCAAAUGAGGUUGCCAGUUGUUUGCUUGAUUUCAUUAAGAAAAAAGUUGAACAGGGAUGCACGGAGUUCAGAUUUUGGUCAGACAACUGUGUGGGCCAAAAUCGGAACCGCAUAGUGUAUAUAUUUUAUGUAUAUGCGGUAUUAAACUAUAAAAUAAAAGUGACGCACAGUUUUUUGGAGAAGGGUCACACACAAGCCGAAAGUGACAGCGUACACGCUGUCAUUGAAAAAGCAGCUAAAAAUAAACUAAUAUAUACACCAUCCGAGUGGUACUCGUUGGUGAGAUGGUCAAAAACAGACGGCAAACCUUACAAUGUCAAGGAAAUGGAACACACUGAUUUUUAUGAUUUCAAACUUUUACUAACAGGCAGAAACUGGACAAAAGGCUUGAAAGGAGAGAAAGUAAAUUGGAAUCAAAUAAAACAAAUUGAAAUUAACGCCGAUGAUCCAUUUAAAUUACAUUUCAAGUACAACCUACGGGAUGAAUAUUCAACUAUAUCGAUUACUAGCAACACUAGAGCAAGAAAUAAGUGUGUUCCGUUAUCCCUAUCGCCACUGUACCCAAAUACGCUGCCUAUUCCGAAACCCAAAAUGGACGACUUGAUGAGCUUAUGUAACAGCGGAAUUAUUCCCAAGUCUCAUAGCGGAUUUUUUAAUGCCUUGAAAACAACAGACAUUGAAGAACCCGCAUCCGAUAGUGGAUCAGAAUAGUAGUUUCGAACUUACUUUAUAAAUCAGCCAAAAUGGUUACCAAUGAUUAUUGAUAUUAUGCGAAUUGUAUUUGUGCAGAAUUUGAACUAUUUUUUGUUGAGCAAUGACUGAAGUUCAUUUUUUU